AUGCUACUUUGUGACACGUGGAACAGCACAGGAUCUCAUGAUGUUGUCAGAGGUGGUGAAGUUUUUUAUGUUAACGUCGUCAAAGUCAGCGAAGAAGGCAAGGUCAUUGUCAUCGUCCUCGCAUGUAUCAACAAGGCUAACUUUGAACUCUCAUCGCACCAGAAGAAGAUCUUUAAGGUCGACAACCACAUCGUCAUCGCUAUCACCAGCCUCACCGCCGUCGCCUGCGUCCUCUCUUGCUACAUGCGAUCCGGGUCAUCGCUCACCGUUAGCAGACUUGUUGUUCAAUUCGACAAUAAAGCUCAGGUCAUCGCUCUUCCCCAAUUGUCAAAUACCUCCUCUCCACAUUGA